AUGAGUGCGGGCGUAAGGACCUACCCCGCCCACACGGAUAUGGGUUCACUGAACGAAAUCACGUCAGACUUCGAAAUCGAUAUCCUCUUUACACAACUGUGGAGGGAUGAAUCGCUUUCAUUUGCACAUAUGUUGGCAUGCAAAAGGAACAUAACUAUGGAGCCACGCAUGUUGCAACGGAUCUGGACGCCCAACACCUGUCUGAUCAACUCGAAAAGGACAAUGAUUCAUGCAUCGCCUAGUGAAAACGUGAUGCUAAUCCUCUAUGAGAAUGGUACGGUAUGGAUAAAUCAUCGUCUGUCCGUAAAAUCUCCGUGCAAUCUCGAUUUGCGGCAGUUUCCAUUUGAUGUGCAGAGCUGUAUUCUCAUCCUGGAGUCAUACAGUCAUAAUGCUGAAGAGGUGCAACUACGAUGGAUGGAAGAGGCGGUGACGUUGAUGAAGCCAAUUCAGCUACCAGACUUCGACAUGGUUCAUUACGAGACUAAAAAGGAGAACCUACUCUAUCCAAAUGGUUACUGGGAUCAAUUACAGGUCUGUUUGAGAAAGGAAAUAUCUCGAACUGCACUAAUAAAGGAAGGCUCCUAG